CACGUUGUGGCAUUCACUCAUCAUGAUUCGUAAAAUCAGACUUCACCCUUCAACCACUUGUAUUAGCCGAGUUUUAGGUAGCCAACACCCCAUCAGUUACUUUAACAGAGUUCAAAUGUCCAACCCUGCAAAAGUUGUUUCCACGGCACCUCUGCCCGAUAAUGAGGCCAAGUGGACAAAAUUAGUCAAGCCAGUCGGUUUAUUGGAUCCAUCGGUGAGCGAACUUGAUUUGUUGAUGCCGAACAAAACGCCCAUCAACAGGAUCGCCUACAAGGACCCCAAUGGUACCGAGAGGACGUGGGAGUCUGCCGAGCGCCGGACUCGCCCAGAGAACAGCGAGAUUGACGGCGUAGGAAUCGUGGCCAUACUGGAGAAAUCUACUGGCCCCGAGAUUAUCCUACAGAAGCAGUUCCGUCCACCACUCGACAAGGUCACCAUUGAGGUUCCUGCAGGCCUUGUCGAUGCUGGCGAGACAGCCGAGCAGUCUGCCGUCCGCGAGCUGAAGGAGGAGACUGGAUACGUGGGCAAGGCUUCAGAAACGUCAACUAUCAUGUUCAAUGAUCCGGGCUUCACAAACACGAACCUACGCAUGGUUCACGUCACCAUCGACAUGGACCUGCCCGAGAACCAGAAUCUCAAGCCAGAGCUGGAAGAAAGCGAGUUCAUCGAGGUCUUCACUGUACCUCUGUCCAAGUUGUGGGAGGAGUGCAAGAGGCUCGAAGCCGAGGGCUGUGCCAUUGAUGCCCGUGUCGGUACGCUGGCUGAGGGCAUAGAGCUUGCUAAGCGCUUCAAGCUUUCUUGAAUGAAACUCGAACGGCCUUGCCUACUCAUGAGCUGCAGCCCUGUAUUUAUACCCAUCUUGUACAAGACUUAGUUGCAUACAGAAAACUAGAGCAAUUGUUUGCCAGCCGCAGUUUAUAAGCCGCAAAUACACCGG